UGAUAACUAUAAUCCCAUUCGGCACCUUGAGGGGCUCGACAGAGCAAACACAAGAGAGAGCGAACCAGCUCCGCACAAGUUUGACGACCACUUGCACGAGACAGAAGAGGUUAACCCUUCUUCAGCAGGAUGGGGAAUACUAAGAGCAGCGCUUUGUCAAAGGAGCUCCUGGAAGAGCUGAAGUCCAACACCAAAUACACGGAGGCUGAGCUGUGCACCUGGUACCAGUCCUUCCUCAAGGAGUGUCCCAGCGGGAGGAUCAGCAAGGAGCAGUUCGAGGGCAUCUAUGCCAGCUUCUUUCCAAAUGCAGACCCCACGGCUUACGCGCGGCAUGUUUUCAGGAGUUUUGACACUAAUGCAGAUGGCACUUUGGACUUUAAGGAGUACAUUGUUGCUCUGCACCUCACCUCCGGGGGAAAGACUCUGCAGAAGCUGGAGUGGGCCUUUGGCCUCUAUGACGUGGAUGGGAAUGGCACCAUCAGCAAAAAUGAAAUCCUAGAGAUUGUUAGGUCAAUAUUCAACAUGAUUCCCAUCGACGACCAGAAGAGACUCCCCGAGGACGAAAACACGCCGGAGAAAAGGGCUGAAAAGAUCUGGACGUUUUUCGGAAAGAAGGAGAACGAUAAAAUCUCAGAGGGAGAGUUCAUUCAGGGCGUGAUGGACAACAAGGACAUCCUGCGCUUGAUACAAUAUGACGAACCUCAGAAAAUCAAAGAUAAGCUGAAGGAGAAGAAGCAGUAGAGCCCAGGCUAAAACCUCCUCAUGUGGUUUUAAGACUCAUUUUUUUGUCUAAAUUUAUCUUUUUUUUUAUUGCAAUUAUUCAUUUUUGGGUCUCCUCUGGUAAACUAGUCAAAGUGUUUUGUUUUUUGUCUUUGCAAAAGAAAUAAGCAAAUAAAGAAAUUAAGCACAUUUAAUAUUAGAAAAUAAAAGCUGAGGAACUCAGAAUUUUAAAUUUAAUGCAACUACACAGUGGAGCUAUUUUAACCAGGUUAACUGCACAGUGAACCUGUGCAUGUGCAUGGACACAGGGGUGUCCAAUGCAUUUUAGUGAAUGGGCUGUGAAAGGGUACGAAACAGUUAAAGUUUUGCGUGAUAAAUAUUUUUUCUUUCUGCAGUUUUCACACUUUGCAAAAUGAGACAGUCAGCUGGAUCGGACCUUUUUGGCCUCCCUGGUUUAGAUGCUGCACUUGUUUGAACAAGCUAAGUGGCGAAGGGAUGAUUACAUGCUGAUAAAACUUUAAAGCACACUUUUUACAAUGUGCAGUGCACAAUAGUUGGUUCAUUAUUUUUUGUGUAGUUGGUGACAGCCAAGAAGUAGUGAAGAAGUUAACUCGUCAUUCAUGUAAAUUUUCCUUCUUUGUGUGCAUGGAAAACCAGCCUGUAAAGGUGCAUUUCAUGUGUUGGCUGAGUGUAUUUAGUGCUUUCUAUGUGUCAUUGUACAGCAUAGAGUGUCCAACAAGGACACCCUGGCCCCGUCCUCGACUCCGACCUGUUUAACAAAGACAUGGAAAUGUGCUUGAAACACGUGAAUUUGUCUUCACUGAUAUAAACUGUACACACUUUAGUUUCGCUCUUGUGCCUAAACUCAGUCAGGUUUCUGUAUUUUAAUCCCCGUGUUUACAUUUUCCAUCUGGGGUUAUUUACAGGACUAUUUAGUGGCACAGGAGGGGAACAAUACCAAGGACAGUGGGGGCCACAGGACAUCUGAAUAUGAUCAGAAAGAAAUCCAGAUGAGCACACUGGUGUAGAAAACUGUGAACAUUAAAAAUGUCACUGUAGAAGGGUCUAAACAUGACUUUGUGUUAAAUACAAAAUGGUGGAAGAAGGAUUUAGUAAUAAACACCAAAAUAUACUUAAAGUAUGCCACCAUGGCCCCAGCCUCAGGACACACCCCUGAUUGUACCACAUUAAAUUAUUUAUUUUAAAACUAUGUAAUGCACACAGAUGUAAAUAUAUAUGCCAAUGAACUAAAUAUAAACUCUGAAACAGCUUUCGGAUGCAUCAAAAGGAUCAGGAUGAAACGACCUGAGGAAACAAGCCUUUACUGAGUGACGUAAAUCCAAAAAAACAAAGUCCAGUCCAGCUUUCUGGCAUGUUUUUUUUCACACUUGGAUUCAUUCAUUAGGUUGAUAACAAAGUCGGGAUGAGAGCUCCUUGUUAAGGGAAUUAGGCUCAGGUUAACAAUCCUCCUGUAUCAGCCAAUCCUAUUAGGAGCUGAAGGUCAGUUGAGACACACGGCCUCCUCACACAGUUAGGAUAAUGUGUGCUUGGCACAAGGAGCAAUACACUCCUGCACAGGAGCUCGUUUGAGUCACAGUACUUUUCUGGUAAAUUUUAGGCAUAUUUUACAAUUUAUUAUUAAUGCUUAAAUUUCCCUUGUUGUUGACUGCCAUCUGUCUUUUAAAGUACUGCAUCACGAGGAGGCCCAGUGUGCUUUUAAACUAGCUGUAUUUUUUAUGUGCUGCUGCCAAAUCCCACAGGAAAUUUGAAGGAAAAUCUGAUUAAAAUAUUAGAGCUUGAAGGUUUGUA